GGCCGCAGGUCCCGGUUCCGGAUUGCAGCCGCCAGCCCCGGGGAGAGGACCGGCUGCCCAGAGCCGGUCCCGGGGCUCCCUGGGCAGGCCGAUCCCGGGGAGCCCCCCGACUGCCUCCCGAGCAGGGCGGGAAGACGAUCCCGGUCCCCAGACCCCUGCGAGCUGGCCGCCCGGGGAGCGCCGGACAGGUCCCUGGUGGAGCUCAGGCGUGGAGAACGUGCCCAGCACACUGAGGCCUUGGGUUCCACUCCAGCCCUGCACCAAAGAAAAAGAUUCUGGAGACCAAGGAAUCUGUGAAGUAAUGAGCCGCGUCAACUGCUAGCCAGAAAGGACCGGUAGGGGACAAGUUCCAGGGACGACCAGCAGCUAGGCCAGGACGCCAGCGGCGGGAGAUGGGCGCUCGGCCGUCGAGGCGGCGGCUGCCCGUAGACCCGCCCGUGGCCCUGGAUGUGCUGCCCCCGGAGCUGCUCGUGCAGGUGCUGAGCCACGUGCCGCCGCGAGCCUUAGUGACCCGCUGCCGCCCGGUGUGCCGCGCCUGGCGCGACGUGGUAGACGGGCCCACCGUGUGGCUGCUUCAGCUGGCCCGCGACCGCAGCGCCGAAGGCCGCGCAUUCUACGCCUUGGCCCAGCGCUGCCCACCAAGCGACGACGACGAAGAAGAGCUCCCGCUCUGCGCCCUGGCGCGCUACUGCCUGCGGGCGCCCCUCGGCCGCAACCUCAUCUUCAACUCCUGCGGAGAGCAGGGCUUCAGAGGCUGGGAGGUGGAGCAUGGAGGAAAUGGCUGGGCCGUGGAAAAGAACCUGACACUGGUGCCAGGGGCCCCUUCCCAGACCUGCUUUGUGACUUCUUUCGAAUGGUGCUUUAAGAGGCAGCUUGUGGACCUGGUGAUGGAGGGCGUGUGGCAGGAGCUGCUGGACAGCGCCCAGAUCGAGAUCUGCGUGGCCGACUGGUGGGGCGCCCGAGAAAACUGCGGCUGCAUCUACCGGCUUCGGGUCCGCCUCCUGGACAUGUAUGAAAAUGAAGUGGUCAAGUUCUCAGCGUCCCCCAACCCGGUCCUUCAAUGGACUGAGAGGAGCUGCCGACAGGUCUCCCAUGUCUUCACCAACUUUGGCAAGGGCAUCCGCUACGUGUCUUUUGAGCAGUACGGGAGAGACAUGCGUUCAUGGGUAGGACACUACGGUGCCCUAGUGACCCACUCCAGCGUGAGAAUCAGGAUCCGCCCGUCCUAGUGACCAGCCUGACCCCGCAGUCCAGACUGCACUGCCACCUGCUGGAUGCUGUCAAAAUCAAGGGUGGCUUCACAUCCCCGGGCCAGAGGAUACUCAGGGACAGUGGGGGUCCCGUGUGGCUUGUUCGGGGCACACCUCCCGUAACCCACUUGCUGUUUCAGCAUGGCGGUCCUCAUGCUGUGUGACAAACCAGGGACCCAGGGGGCUCCUUAGAGCUUCCUCAGCUCCCCAGCUGGGGAUGUCGUAAAAGUAACUGACAUUUAGUUGGUUCAUGUCUAUAAAUUAUUUCCUCAUGUGAUGUCAGUGGGUAAACCAUUCCCUGGUGACUGGUCUGCGUGUUUUGGGGUGAGCUGACUGCUGGCAGGGAGAGGAGGCCGUUCAGAGCAUCUGACCUGGAGACCAGCAAAGACCUCAAAGAAAUCCCAUUGUGGUUUGGGGAGUCUCCGGGAUCCAGCUGUGGGGCUGUGAACCCGCCACUGCUGAGCAAUGUCCACCCCGCUGCCCACCAGCACCUCCCCUGGGGCCAGGUCCCUGCCCUCAGCUCCAGCCGGAUCCACCCUCCUUCCCUGCACUCACACCAUCUUGUAUAGAGACUUCUUGAGCAAGGUGUGCCAGGAGCUCUUUCCUCAUUUCCGGGCAUGGUCAACCAGCCAACCAGCUCAAUAAAAUUGGUGCUAAACAUGA